GUUGAAGCUCAAGGCCGCGUGAGGAGACUUUCAGCGAAGAGUCCACAGGAGGAGCGGUCCCUGUCCGUGAGCGAGGCGGUGCGCAACAUCCAGGAGUCGCUGGCGCGGGUGGCGCCCCCCGCGCCCGCGCCCGCCCCCGCGUACCCCGCGCUGCGCGCCGUGCCGCCGCCCCCGGCGCCCACUAGUCCGCCGAGACCGCACAAGAUCGACGUGUCGCAGAUCUCCGUUCCGCUCCGGCACCUGACGAAGCACGACCUGCGCGUGCCUCCUGCAGACGCGCCGGCGGAGCCCCCCGCGCAGGGCUCCCCGCAGCCCCCCGCGCAGGGCUCCGCGCAGGGCUCCCCGCAGGCCCCCGCGCGGGGCUCCCCGCACGCCCCCGCGCAGGGCUCCCCGCACGCCUCCCCGCAGGGCCCCGGCCUGCCCGGCCCCCGGCCCGAGGCGUCCGCGCACACCAACGCGCCCACGAGGGGCAUCUUUCCCACAUACAAGUCCAAAAGUCUGAAGAAGAAAAAUUCCCUACUAGCCAAGCGACGCGGGGUGGCUGCGCGCGCGCUGACGGGCGGCGCAGGCGGUCCCGUGUGGCAGCGAGUGCGAGCGAGAGGACAACAACAAGCCCGCUGGGCGCGGAGAUACCUGCUGCUGUCCGACACCACCCUGUACGCUUAUCGGAGUCCCGAUGGCAACCGCGCGGACUGCAUGAUCCAACUGGCGGGGUUCACGGCGGCGGCGGCGGGCGAGGUGAAGUCGCGGCCGCACGCCUUCAAGGUCUACCACACCGGCACCGCCUUCUACUUCGCCUGCGACAGUGCUGACGCCGCCAGAGCCUGGCUCGAGCUCAUCACCCGCGCCACGCACCAGCCCGCGCCCUUGGCGGCGGACCACCUGCCCAAGCAGUACUCGGAGACGGAGUACUCGACCGACUCGGACAUCGAGGCCGAGCGGCCGCGCGACCGCGACCGGGACUACAAAGACAAGGAGAACAAGUCCAAGUUCGGCUCGCUCAAGAAACUCACGCAUCGCAUGCAGAGAAGCGAGUCGACAGAGACGGUGGGCGCGGCCAGCCUGGACCGCAAGUACCUGCGGUUCUUCUCGCGCAACAAGAACAAGGAAGACAAAAAGAGCAAGGCGUCGCUGGUGCCGGUGCCGACGGAGCACUACCGCAGCUACCGGCGCGUGUCGGCCGCGUCCUCGCCCGCGUCACCGGCGGCGCACGCGCACGCGCAGGCCCACGCGUACACGCACGCGCACGCGCACGCGCAGCUGCAGGCCCCCGCGCACGCGCACGCGCAGCAGUCGCCCCCGCCGCCCGCGCCGCUGCUGGCGCCGCCCGCGCCGCCCAGGAAGCCGCACAACUACAUGCACGCCUCCAAUCCUAAUUUGCUGGAGUUCGGCAACAACGACAUCGUGGCUUCGCGCAUCUUCACCCCGCGGCCCGCGCCCGCCGCCUUCUCCGGCUUCGUGACCCUCGAGGAGUUCAUGCUGCAGAAGCAGGAGGAGGACCGCCGCGAGCUCUACACCAACCGCGUGCUGCUCGGCGUGGAGGCGGGCUCGCUGAGGAGGCGCCUCGACCAGGUGGUGCCCGACGUGCUGUACGGCACCUCCAGGGCCGAGCCCGAGCCGCAGAGGUGAGCUGCAGCUGGAGCAGGAAGCUCUGCACCAAUCGCGUGCUGCUCGGCGUGGAGGCGGGCUCGCUGAGGAGGCGCCUCGACCAGGUGGUGCCCGACGUGCUGUACGGCACCUCCAGGGCCGAGCCCGAGCCGCAGAGGUGAGCUGCAGCUGGAGCAGGAAGCUCUGCACCAACCGCGUGCUGCUCGAGGCGGCGGCUCGACCAGGUGGUGCCUGACGUGCUGUACGGCACCUCCAGAGUGUCAAUCAGUAUCUAUUUCUACGGAAACAAGAUAACGCGCAAGAUAACCGUCACAAUCCGGAAGAUUCUAACAUUUCAGGCACUAGCAAUAAUUUUUUAAACGUAUUUAGACGCACGCAAUGCACGCAUAAUAUACGAAUUAGAAAUUGUCCGCAUAAUUUCUAGAAAAUAUCCCAUCAUCAUAUCCGUUGCGUGAGGUCCGUUGCUGGACAUAAGACUUUCCAAGAAUCUCCACAACGACGGGUCUUACGUCGCUCAUUUAUUCUAGAAUAUACGUUGUUUUGUUUCGUCCGUCAGCCCGGAGCCUCCGGCGGCGGCGCCGCGCACGCUGUCCCCGCACGCGCAGGCGCAGGCGCACGC